AUGAGGUUCCUUCCAACCACUCUUUACCUCCUCACCUUUCAGGCGCUUGUGGUGGUGGCUCUUCCUCAAGAUGAGCUGGGGCCACAAGGCCAGGAGGAUCCUGCAGCCCUUGAGAUCCUUGAUAUCCCCAAGUCUCAGGUUGAAUUCGACAAGGAAUCACAAGAGAGAAUCUAUCAAGGUCGGGAUCUACCCAGCGUUGCAACUUCUGUGAUGAGCACGGAAAUCUCCAGUGGGGGCGAUGCGCACGCCAGCACUCUGUAA